UAAAUUUUUGUAGGUUUGUUUUAUACUAUACACAUAACAAUUUUACAAUUUUAAUUGUUUACCAUUUGUUUGGCGCGAAUUAAAUUUUCAAUAAUUUUAAAAAAUUAUAUCGAAAAUGUUGACCGCCAUGGCUCAAGUAAAGUUUCUUUUUGACAUUAUUGUAACUCGACUCCAGCUAAAUAAGUAUGAAUUCGAUAAGCCACAGGAUCUCGUGGUGCGAGCUAAGUUCAACAAAAUAGGACUUGCAAUCACAUCGAGCCGUAUAAAUGUGACCGAUUUCCGAGCUGGACGCUACAUCGAAUUCAAAGCAGAGCCCCAGAUGCUGCGAGACAAUCUUAAAAAUAUUGGCAUGCUCGUCACGGUGGAAGACGGUGGCAUUAGCUUAGGCACCGGAACGCUCAUGUUUCCCCCAAGUUUCAUUGAUAAAAUUGCCAUUGGCAUGAGCGACUUGGUGUACGCAGAUACAUGUGGCAUUCAAAGCCGCGACAAAGAAGUGGGCUGUAUGGAGCUGCUGUGUAGCCUAAUCAUCAAGUGCGAUGACCCAGAGCUGGAUUCAGAAGCAUGCCAAAAGAGGUGCGAACACCUGUGCAAGGAGAUUAAUCAGGCUGACAUUAUGUUCGUAGUAGACAAGCCAGAACUCUACGCAAUACCUUGCAAACCGUGUUCAGAUGAGCUGAAAGAAGACGAAGAAGGCGACGAGCAACUCAGACGUGAUCUUAAUCGGUAUCGCAGCUUUAACCAGCGCGUCACCCAGCCACCUGAGGAUACAAGUGGUAUGCAAGCGUGCUGCCAGUUAAAGAAUCUGAUGGCGAAAUGCGGAGAAGUCAUCGACUCGGUUAUCAAGAGGAUUGCCCAAUUGUCUUCACCGUUGCCAGCUGAGCACUCUCACAAUACAAGCUGGCACGGGACACCAGUUAUCUACAAUUCUACAAGAAUGCCACGCACAAUUCCUGUGGGUGACAUGGAAGAGAUGGAUAUUAAACCCAUUCGUUUCUGUCCCGUUUGCUUGUGCUCUAUGUCCUGGCUCCCUAAAUAUGCUUGUUGUCCUAGAUGCUGGGCCAAGCCCAUGGUGGAACCUAAGAAUGAAUCUAAGGAUGUGCUCACGGCCGAUAUAAUUAUAAAACGUUAUGCUGACGAGCCUCAUCAAGCUGCCAAUGGACUUUCGGAUAAGGAAAAUAUUGAGAAUACCAAGCGUACUAAUCGCUGUACCUGCAAGUUGGGCAAAAUGUGCGCUCAUUGUCGAGUCCGCAAUUUGUGUUCAGACAUCUUCAUAUCAUCAAGCACACAUAUUCCAAAUAUCAAGCCCAAAGCUAAUGAGGACUUUUGCGUACAAGUCAAGUGCAACGGAUCACCUGCUACUUGUCGUACACAUCUCCAAAUUGUGUUAUCCGAGCUCAAGCUUCUUUACCAGUCGCAACUUAGCUGUGAACUGGACGCCAAAUCAUCGUGAUGUAAUUAUUUUAUUCAAUGUAA